AUGUAUCAGGACGUCGAGGACGAGCCACCGCACAUGUGGCGACUUCGUGGCAGUCCAGAGCUAGGCGGGACAGGAAUAGUCCAACCAGGCGCAAUCACAGACCCGGACCUAGCCUAUUUCCAUGUCUUUUCCUUGGAGCCACGUGAGCUGGCGUUGCUCACCUUUGACUUGCGACAUCUGUCCCUGCGAAUGCGGUAUGGGCGCGAUUGGCAGAUUCGUGUCUUCGUUGACAAGGCCGACGCAGAUCCGCCCCUCAGUCCUCUUCACAUCGACCCGCUGGACUGUGCUUUUAUCGUUUCAGACAGGGCUAGUGCGGGAAAGUACCCCUUCCGGGCCACAACGAAUGCUCGCGAACGGGGAUGUCGGGCCUUGGAAGUGCCCAAUUCGUUUACCUUCGACACUGACGAGACACAGUAAUCAUGCUGAUACUAGUCCAUCUUGAGGAAAGUAUCAAUGUCCAUAUCGCAGAUAUCCACGAUCACUCUACUCUAACGGUUUUGUUGAAGCAAUUACACGACCAAGGUCUCUUCAUCUCGAUAGUUAUUUUAUUAUGUAGGUCGGCUCCACCACAAGUUAUGAUGUAGGUACCCGGACCCGGUUUUAUUGCGGAACACUGCCUUCACGUUGAAUUUGUACGCGGAAAUGGCGAUUCACUUUAAGGUGGAAGUCCAAAUUUUGAACGGACUUUUCGUCGCUGAUCGGCUGAUGUUCGAGCGCAGCUGCGUCGUGGAAAUCGUGUCGCCGCAGCGAGCGGCAGUCGGGACUCACAAAGCUUUCGUGGCAGAGAUUGCACAAGCACUGAGGGUUGAGUUACCCUAUAACAUGCCGCUUAGUACUGUUAAAGUCGAGGAUGAAGAGAAGACGCCGGAAACGAUUCAAUGGGCUUUCCUCAACUGGUCGCCGGUAAUCUUUAGUACUUUCUAUAGAGGUUUGAUGUUUGGCUGUGCGUUACUUGAGUACUGUUUGCGCAUUGAUCAUCGAAAUCAGAUUCCUGUGGCCUGGAAGGUCGCAUUUAUUAUUUCCGACGAGUCAGACAUAUGGCAUUACAUACUUCUCACUACAGUCGAAGCGCGUGUCUGUGCCUUAUCGAGCCAACGCGGACGCAUCGGCGUUAGAGAUGUCCAUCCCGUUGCAUGUAGAGAUGCGUUUGCCGUCAACGGAUAAUGAGUUUGUCUUCAUGCAAAAAAAGACCUAUUUUGGUGGACGAGAAAUGGUUACCUUCGGCCAUUUGCCUUACUGGUCGAAUUGUCGUGGCUUCGGACGAACCGCGCCACUUUGGGCGAUCCUAGAACAGGGCACAUCAUGCCGCUGGGAAGAAACUUAUGGCACCUGA